CCGGAAGUACUUCACGCCGCUCUUCACUUCGUACUUGUUUCGAAAGCCGUUUGUCGAAAGAAGUUCAUUAAUUUAAGUCGAUUCAUAUUAUACUAAAUCGUGUUCAUUGAGUUGUUAAACCAUGAUUGAGCCAAAGAAGAGACCGGGGGACAUGGCUUUGGUUCCUGCCGGCGGAGUCAAGAGGCCCAGGACCGAGCUGAUCGCCGCGGCACAGUCGCAACAGAUCGUGGCCAUGGUAAGAAAUGAGGGGGGACAUCAAAAUACAACAAUUUCGCUAGUUAGCUUCAGAGAGUUGUUAACUAUCAAUGUUUUCAGUCUUUCAACUAGUAACCGGCAAAUCACCUCAAUUGCCGCUUUGAUAAGCUGUGACUGAGAUAUUGACUUGUUUGCUACCUAAGGCUAUCCAAUGCAAAUACUGCUAGCAGAAAACUCAUUUUGAUAGCUAGUUAGCAAGUAGAAUUAGCCCAGCUCGGCUCACUUUACUUUAUCAGCUACAGUCGUGGUCAAACGUUUUGGGAAUGACACAAAUACUAAUUUUCACAAAGUCUGCUGCCUCAGUUUUGAUGAUGGCAAUUGGCUAUACUCCAGAAUGUCAUGAAGAGUGACUAGAUGAAUUGCAAUUAAUUGCAAAGUCCCUCUUUGCCAUGAAAAUGAAUUUAAUCCCCAAAAAACAUUUCCACUGCAUUUCAGCCCUGCCACAAAAGGACCAGCUGCCAUCAUGUCAGUGAUUCUCUCGUUAACACAGGUGAGAGUGUUGACGAGGACAAGGCUGGAGAUCACUCUGUCAUGUUGAUUGAGUUAGAAUAACAGACUGGAUGAGUUAGAGUAACAGACUGGAAGCUUUAAAAGGAGGGUGGUGCUUGAAAUCAUUGUUCUUCCUCUGUUAACCAUGGUUAACUGUAAGGAAACACGUGCCGUCAUCAUUGCUUUGCACAAAAAGGGCUUCACAGCCAAGGAUAUUGCUGCUAGUAAGAUUGCACCUAAAUCAACCAUUUGUCGGAUCAUCAAGAACUUCAAGGAGAGAGGUUCAAUUGUUGUGAAAAAGGCGUCAGGGCGCCCAAGAAAGUCCAGCAAGCGCCAGGACCGUCUCCUAAAGUUGAUUCAGCUGCGGGAUCGGGGCACCACCAGUGCAGAGCUUGCUCAGGAAUGGCAGCAGGCAGGUGUGAGUGCAUCUGCACGCACAGUGAGGCGAAGACUUUUGGAGGAUGGCCUGGUGUCAAGAAGGGCAGCAAAGAAGCCACUUCUCUCCAGGAAAAACAUCAGGGACAUACUGAUAUUCUGCAGAAGGUACGGGGAUUGGAAUGCUGAGGACUGGGGUAAAGUCAUGUUCUCUGAUGAAUCCCCUUUCCGAUUGGGGCAUCCGGAAAACACCUUGUCCGGAGAAGACAAGGUGAGCGCUACCAUCAGUCCUGUGUCAUGCCAACAGUAAAGCAUCCUGAGACCAUUCAUGUGUGGGGUUGCUUCUCAGCCAAGGGAGUGGGCUCACUCACAAUUUUGCCUAAGAACACAGUCAUGAAUAAAGAAUGGUACCAACACAUCCUCCGAGAGCAACUUCUCCCAACCAUCCAAGAACAGUUUGGUGACGACCAAUGCCUUUUCCAGCAUGAUGGAGCACCUUGCCAUAAGGCAAAAGUGAUAACUAAGUGGCUCGGGGAACAAAAAAUAGAAAUGUUGGGUCCAUGGCCAGGAAACUCCCCAGACCUUAAUCCCAUUGAGAACUUGUGGUCGAUCCUCAAGAGGCGGGUGGACAAUAUCUCAUAACACUGAAGCAGCGAACUUUGUGAAGACAAUACUUGUGUAAUUCUCAACUUUUGACCACGACUGUAGUUUAAUCGAUACCAGGAUUGUAAGUGAUCCAUGCACAUACAGUAACGCUCUGAGAAUAGUCCUGUGUGUGCACGUGCCUGUGACAGUGUGCUAUGAUGAUCUAAUCUAACAUGUCCCCUCUCCAGGGCCCUCCCCGCAACUCCAGCCUGCAAGCUCCCAUCAUGCUGAUGUGUGGCCAUGAGGGCGAGGUCUACUGCUGCAAGUUCCACCCCAACGGGGCCACAUUGGCCUCCUCUGGCUAUGACAGGCUCAUCUGUGAGUUACAUUUUUUUUUAAAUGUAUUGAGUAUAUAUAUAUACACACACACACACACACACACACACAGUGGUGUGAAAAAGUGUUUGCCCCCUUCCUGAUUUGUUUGCAUGUUUGUCACACUUAAAUGUUUCAGAUCAUCAAACAAAUUUAAAUAUUAGUCAAAGAUAACACAAGUAAACACAAAAUCCAGUUUUGAAAUGAAGGUUGUUAUUAUUAAGGGAAAACAAAAUCCAAACCUACAUGGCCCUGUGUGAAAAAGUGUUUGCCCCCCGUUAUAACACAACUCAACUGUGGUUUAUCACACCUGAGUUCAAUUCCUCUAGCCACACCCAGGCCUGAUUACUGCCACACCUGUUCUCAAUCAAGGAAUCACUUAAAUAGGACCUGCCUGACAAAGUGAAGUAGACCAAAAGAUCCUCAAAAGCUAGACAUCAUGCCGAGAUCCAAAGAAAUUCAGGAACAAAUGAGAGAAAGUAAUUGAGAUCCAUCAGUCUGGAAAAAGUUUUAAAGCCACUUCUAAGGCUUUGGGACUCCAGCGAACCACAGUGAGAGCCAUUAUCCACAAAUGGCGAAAACAUGGAACAGUGGUGAACCUUCCCAGGAGUGGCCGGCCGACCAAAAUUACCCCAAGAGCGCAGCGACGACUCAUCCAAGAGGUCACAAAAGACCCCACAACAACAUCCAAAGAGCUGCAGGCCUCACUUGCCUCAGUUAAGGUCAGUGUUCAUGACUCCACCAUAGGAAAGACACUGGGCAAAAAUGACCUGCAUGGCAGAGUUCCAAGACGAAAACCACUGCUGAGCAAAAAUAACAUUAAGGCUCGUCUCAUUUUUGCCAGAAAACAUCUUGAUGAUCCCCAAGACCUUUGGGAAAAUACUCUGUGGACUGACGAGACAAAAGUUUAACUUUUUGCAAGGUGUGUGUCCCAUUACAUCUGGUGUAAAAGUAACACCGCAUUUCAGAAAAAGAACCAACAGUUAAAUAUGGUGGUGGUAGUGUGAUGGUCUGGGCCUGUUUUGCUGCUUCAGGACCUGGAAGACUUUCUGUGAUAAAUGGAACCAUGAAUUCUGCUGUCUACCAAAAAAAUCCUGAAGGCGAAUGUCCGGCCAUCUGUUUGACCUCAAGCUGAAGCGAACUUGGGUUCUGCAGCAGGACAAUGAUCCAAAACACACCAGCAAGUCCACCUCUGAAUGGCUGAAGAAAAACAAAAUGAAGACUUUGGAGUGGCCUAGUCAAAGUCCUGACCUGAAUCCUAUUGAGAUGCUGUGGCAUGACCUUUAAAAAGGCAGUUCAUGCUCGAAAACCCUCCAAUGUGGCUGAAUUACAGCAAUUCUGCGACGAUGAGCGGGCCAAAAUUCCUCCACAGCGCUGUAAAAGACUCAUUGCAAAUUAUCGCAAAAGCUUGAUUGCAGUUGUUGCUGCUAAGGGUGGCCCAACCAGUUAUUAGGUUGUAAUAAUAAAAAAUAAAAUAAUAAUAAUUGUAAAGUCGUUAUCCCACUGGCUAUAAGGUGAAUGCACCUAUUUGUAAGUCGCUCUGGAUAAGAGCGUCUGCUAAAUGACGUACAUGUAAAUGUAAUCACUUUUUCACACAGGGCCAUGUGGGUUUGGAUUUUGUUUUCCCUUAAUAAUAACAACCUUCAUUUCUAAACUGCAUUUUGUGUUUACUUGUGUUAUCUUUGUCUAAUAUUUAAAUGUGUUUGAUCUGAAACAUUGAAGUGUGACAAACAUACAAAUCAGGAAGGGGGCAAACACUUUUUCACACCACUGUAUGUGUGUGUGUAUAUGUAUAUAUAUAUAUAUAUAUACAGUUGAAGUCGGAAUUUUACAUACACUUAGGUUGGAGUCAUUAAAACUAUUUUUUCAACCACUCCACAGACUUCUUGUUAACAAACUAUAGUUUUGGCAAGUCGGUUAGGACAUAUACUUUGCAUGACACAAGUAAUUUUUCCAACAAUUGUUUACAGACAGAUUAUUUCACUUAUAAUUCACUGUAUCACAAUUCCAGUGGGUCAGAAGUCAUGGCUUUAGAAGCUUCUGAUAGGCUAAUUGACAUAAUUUGAGUCAAUUGGAGGUGUACCUGUGGAUGUAUUUCAAGGCCUACCUUCAAACUCGGUGCCUUUUUGCUUGGCAUCAUGGAAAAAUGAAAAGAAACCAGCCAAGACCUCAGAAAAAAAAUUGUAGACCUCCACAAGUCUGGUUCAUCCUUGGGGGCAAUUUCCAAACGCCUGAAGGUACCACGUUCAUCUGUACAAACAAUAGUACGCAAGUAUAAACACCAUGGGACCACGCAGCCAUCAUACCGCUCAGGAAGAGACGUGUUCUGUCUCCUAGAGAUUAACAUACUUUGGUGUGAAAAGUGCAACUCAAUCCCAGAACAACAGCAAAGGACCUUGUGAAGAUGCUGGAGGAAACGGGUACAAAAGUAUCUAUAUCCACAGUAAAACGAGUCCAAUAUCGACAUAACCUGAAAUGCCGCUCAGCAAGGAAGAAGCCACUGCUCCAAAACCGCUAUAGAAAAGCCAGACUACGGUUUGCAACUGCACAUGGGGACAAAGAUUGUACUUUUUUGGAGAAAUGUCCUCUGGACACUAAAGUCCAUGGAGAAUAAGAGCACCACCUCCCAGCUGCCCACUGCACUGAGGCUAGGAAACACUGUCACCACCGAUAAAUCUACGAUAAUCGAGAAUUUCAAUAAGCAUUUUGCUACGGCUGACCAUGCUUUCCACCUGGCUACUCCUGCCCCGGCCACCAGUUCUGCCACCGCCCGCCCGCCCGCUUCUCCUUCACCCAAAUUCCGAUAGCUGAUGUUCUGAAAGAGCUGCAAAAUCUGGACCCCUACAAAUCAGCUGGGCUAGACAAUCUGGACCCUUUCCUUCUAAAAUUAGCAGCCGAAAUUGUAGCAACCCCUAUUACUAGCUUGUUCAACCUCUCUUUCGUAUCAUCUGAGAUCCUCAGAGAUUGGAAAGCUGCCGCGGUCAUCCCCCUCUUCAAAGGGGGUGACGCUCUAGAUCCAAACUGUUACAGACCUAUAUCCAUCCUGCCCUGCCUUUCGAAAGUAUUUGAAAGCCAAGUUAACAAACAGAUCACCGUCCAUUUCGAAUCCCACCGUACCUUCUCCGCUAUGCAAUCUGGUUUCCGAGCUGGUCAUGGGUGCACCUCAGCCACGCUAAAGGUCCUAAAUGAUAUUAUAACCGCGAUCGAUAAUAGACAGUACUGUGCAGCCGUCUUCAUCGACCUGGCCAAGGCUUUCGACUGUCAAUUUCCGCAUUCUUAUUAGCAGACUAAAUAGCCUUGGUUUCUCAAAUGACUGCCUCGCCUGGUUCACCAACUACUUCUCAGAUGGAGUUCAAUGUGUCAAAUCAGAGGGCCUGUUGUCUGGACCUCUGGCAGUCUCUAUGGGGGUGCCACAGGGUUCAAUUCUCGGGCCGAUUCUAUUCUCAAUGAUGUCGCUCUUGCUGCUGGUGACUCUCAGAUCCACCUCUAUGCAGACGACACCAUUUUGUAUACUUCUGGCCCUUCAUUGGACACUGUGUUAACAAAACUCCAAACGAGCUUCAAUGCCAUACAACACUCCUUCCGUAGCCUUCAACUGCUCUUAAACGCUAGUAAAACUAAAUGCAUGCUCUUCAAUCACCCGCCUGCCCAACUAGAAUCACUACUCUUGGCGGGUCUGACUUAGAAUAUGUGGACAACUACAAAUACCUAGGUGUCUGGUUAGACCGUGAACUCUCCUUCCAGACUCACAUUAAGCAUCUCCAAUCCAAAGUUAAAUAUAGAAUUGGCUUCCUAUUUCGCAACAAAGCCUCCUUCACUCAUGCUGCCAAACAUGCCCUCGUAAAACGGACUAUCCUACCGAUCCUUGACUUCGGCGAUGUCAUUUACAAAAUAGCCUCCAACACUCUACUCAGCAAAUUGGAUGUAGUCUAUCACAGUGCCAUCCGUUUUGUCACCAAAGCCCCAUAUACUCCCCACCAUUGUGACCUGUACGCUAUCAUUGGCUGGCCCUCACUACAUAUUCGUCGCCAAACUCACUGGCUCCAGGUUAUCUAUAAAUCACUUCUAGGCAAAUCCCCGCCUUAUCUUAGAUCAUUGGUCACCAUAGCAACACCCACCCGUAGUAUGCGUUCCAGCAGGUAUAUCUCACUGGUCAUCCCCAAAGCCAACACCUCCUUUGGCGCCAUUCCUUCCAGUUCUCUGCUGCAAAUGACUGGAACGAACUGCAAAAAUCUCUGCAGCUGAAGACACUUAUCUCCCUCACUAACUUUAAGCAUCAGUUGUCAGAGCAGCUUACCGAUCACUGCACCUGUACACAGCCCAUUUGUAAUUAGCCCACCCAACUACCUCAUCCCCAUAUUGUUAUUUACAUUGUUAUUUAUUUUGCUCAUUUGCACCCCAGUAUCUCUAUUUGCACAUCAUCUUCUGCACAUCUAUCACUCCAGUGUUAAUACUAAAUUGUAAUUAUUUUGCACUAUAGCCUAUUUAUUGCCUUACCUCCAUAACUUACUACAUUUGCACACACUGUAUAUAGAUCUUCUAUUGUGUUAUUGACUGUACGUUUUGUUUAUUCCAUAUGUAACUCUGUUUGUUUUUUUACCGCACUGCUUUGCUUCAUCUUGGCCAGGUGGCAGUUAUAAAUGAGAACUUGUUCUCAACUGGCUUACCUGGUUAAAUAAAGGUGAAAUAAAAAUACCCAAGAAGACUUGAGGCUGUAAUCGCUGCCAAAGGUGCUUCAACAAAUGACUGAGUAAAGGGUCUGAAUACUUAUGUAAAUGUCAUAUUUCAGUUUUUUUAUUUUUAAUACAUUUGCAAAAAUAUCUAAAAACCUGUUUUUGCUUUGUCAUUAUUGGGUAUUUUUUGUAGAUUGAGGGGAGGAAAACAAUUGUAUCCUGUUUAGAAUAAGGCUGUAACGUAAGAAAAUGUGGACAAAGUCAAGGGGUCUAAAUACUUUCCGAAGGCACUAUGUACACACACACACACACACACACACUACUCUCGCUGACUUGACCUAACUGGCAACAACACUCAUCCAUCUCCCUCUCUCUCUACAGUGAUGUGGAAUGUGUAUGGGGACUGUGAUAACUUUGCCACCCUGAAGGGACACAGUGGAGCUGUGAUGGAGAUUCACUACAACACAGACGGCAGGUAGGAUAUACAUUCACACACUCGCUCAGGUCCGGCAAAAACGUCAUGUUGUGUGAUUGCUGUUGUUGAUUAAACGUUGGGUCAAUAUCACGUGUGUUUAACGACCCUAUCCCCACCUGUGUGUGUGCAGCCUGCUGUUCAGUGCCAGUACAGAUAAGACAGUGGGAGUGUGGGACAGUGAGACGGGCGAGAGAAUCAAGCGUCUGAAAGGCCACACCUCCUUCGUUAACUCCUGCUACCCUGCUCGCCGCGGACCCCAGCUCGUCUGUACCGGCAGUGACGACGGAACUGUCAGGGUAACUAUGCCUACCACAGACUGCAUUAAUUAAGCCAGUGUUCUUCAAACCUGGUUCUAGACAACUACUGUGUGUGCAUGCUUUAGGUCCAUUCCAGCACUACUAACAUGCCUGAUUACCUGAUCAAGUUCUCUUAUGAGCAGUGUAUUUAUUGCAUCAGGCGUGUUAACACUGGGCUGGAACUAAAGCCCACCCUGCACUUUUUGAGUGUUGGUUGAAUGUGGUAAGUGGAGGACAACCGUAAUUAGGAUAUUGUGGUGUUGUUUGUUAACAGUGUGUGUGUGUUGUAGCUGUGGGACAUCCGUAAGAAGGGGGCGGUCCAUACGUUCCAGAACACCUACCAGGUGUUGGCCGUCACAUUCAACGACACCAGCGACCAGAUCCUGUCUGGAGGCAUCGACAAUGACAUCAAGGUACAUGUGUGUGUAUGAAUGUGUGAAAGAAAGACCUGGGCCCGUGUCCACAAAGUAUCUCAGAGUAGGAGUGCUGAUCUAGGAUUAGUUUUGCCUUUUAGAUCAUAAUGAAAAAGAUUAUAUGAACAGAUCCUAAAUCAGCACUCCAACUCUGAGAUGCUUUGUGGCUACGGGCCUGGAUCCUACCAGGAGGCAAGGCUACUGUGUCAUACAGUGAUUAACCCCUUGUGUAGGUGUGGGACCUGAGGCAGAAUAAGCUAAUCUACAGUAUGCAUGGUCAUGGUGAUUCUCUGACUGGACUCAGCCUGAGCUCAGAGGGAUCCUACCUCCUCUCCAACUCCAUGGACAACACAGGUCAGUGUGUGGGUGUGUCAGAUUUAGAGGUUUGUGUGUGAUUGAACCUCUCUCUGUGUGUUUACAGUACUUGAUUAUGUGUACAAUUGUGUGUGUUGUCCUGUAGUGCGUAUUUGGGACGUCCGUCCGUUCGCUCCCAAGGAGAGGUGUGUGAAGAUAUUCCAGGGGAACAUUCACAACUUUGAGAAGGUAAAUAAAAUACUUUUGAUCAGAGAGUAUGAGAUUCAAGUGUUUUGAUUUUAGAACUGGACGAAGACUUUCAGUGUGAGUGUCAGUAUUUGUGCUCAUAUCAUGUUUGAUAAGCCUAGUGGCCUGCUAUAGCAUGGUUAUAUCAUGUUAAUACACUCUGCAUAGGUUUUGUUUAUAAUACAUUGCUGUGUCUGCAGAACCUUCUGAGGUGUUCCUGGUCUGCUGACGGCAGCAAGAUUGCAGCAGGCUCAGCUGACAGGUGAACACACACACACACACACACACACUCUCCGCAAUACAAAACCUCAACAUAAAUGCACCAAUCACCUCUUUUAUGAUCCUUUAUAAGCUGUGUGUGUGUGUCCAGGUUUGUGUAUGUGUGGGACACCACCUCUCGUAGGAUCCUGUACAAGCUGCCAGGCCACGCUGGGUCAGUCAACGAGGUUGCCUUCCACCCUGAGGAACCUAUUGGUGAGAGGACUCUAUGUUUAUUUUUGGCUGGCUAAUCACACUCUCUUUCUAUGGCUUUUUUCCAUUGAGUGCUUAGUCUUUCUCUCUCUAGUUCUUUAUUUUCUCCUUUCUCUAAUAGUGUUAUUUUUUUUAACUUUCCCACAGUCCUCUCUGGCGCCAGUGACAAGAGACUCUACAUGGGAGAGAUUCAGUAGGACUGUCGUGUGUGUGAGAGCGCGUGUGAGAGAGAAGGCAAUUGUAUGUUCAUCUGAGCGUGUAGUGUGUGAGUGUGUGUGUUCUGCUCUGUUGUGUGUAUGGAUGCAGCCCCCCUGUGUGAAUGAUCAGUACUCUGUACUUUACAUGCUUUUGUUUCUUUAGUAACAAACUCAAGAGACAGUAUUUUGAGUUUAUAAUUUCCAGUCACAACAACCAACACCUG